AUGAAUCGGUAUACGAUAUUGGGUCAGCUAGGUGACGGUUCGUUCGGUGUCGUGAGUAAGGCCCAAAACACCAGCACAGGAGAAGUUGUUGCCGUUAAAAAGAUGAAGCAACGUUUCUCUAACUGGGAGGAGUGUUUACAACUACGUGAGGUUCAGUUUCUUAGGAAGGUGCACCAUCCUAACAUCGUAAAGCUAAGGGAGGUUGUUCGCGAGAACAACGAACUCUUUCUUAUAUUUGAGUAUAUGGAAAUGAACCUCUUUGGGAUUCAACGGAUGCGGUCCGAACAAAUGGGAGGUGUUCAAAGCAUUUUCAAUGACCGGGAAAUUCGAAGCAUUAUGUGCCAGACUCUUUUAGCGGUACAGGCCAUGCACAAGAACGGUUUCAUGCAUCGCGAUCUGAAACCUGAAAAUUUGCUGACGAAGGGGGAUGUUGUGAAGGUGGCCGACUUUGGAUUAGCUAAGGAAAUUCGUUCUCGGCCACCGUUCACGGAAUAUGUGUCGACUCGGUGGUACAGGGCACCGGAAAUAAUCCUCCGUUCCACUCACUACAAUUCCCCUGUAGAUAUAUGGGCUUGCGGUGUCAUAUUUGCUGAGCUUUAUCUGAACCGACCCCUCUUUCCGGGGUCGUCAGGUAAUGACCAACUGUUCAAGAUCUGUUCAAUUCUUGGGGCUCCAACUACCGCAGAGUGGGAUGAAGGUUACCAGCUCUUGCGUCGCCUAAAUAUGCGCUUUCCAACGGUGGCUCCAACGCCACUACGACAGUUAUUGGCUGGUGCUCCACCAAACGCCAUCGAUUUAAUGGAACAGAUGUUGAAGUUUAACCCGAGUGACCGUCUAACAGCUACGCAGUGUCUUCGGCAUCCUUACUUCACUGGCACAGGAAGUGCGGCGGAGGCUGGGGGUACAGCGACGGCAAUGUAUGCGGGUAUCGCCACCGGCCAGCCUCACAACCCAUUUCAUGCUGCCGGUGCUGCACGCAGGUUAAGUGUCAGUACGACAAGCUUUGGUGGAUGCGAGGGAGCUUCUUCUGCAGCUACACUAGGAAGGGACCGGGCUAGUUCAUCUACGACCUUGUUUUUUGGGGGAGGACCUCCCGGAUCAGAUUCUGCCGGAUCGCAACUGCCUCCCAAACCUGGACUUGACGAUGAAGCGUUCAACUUUUAA